AAUGCCACUUUGAGUAUGUAUACAACGUAUGACUUGCUUUUUUACGAGUGCGUUAGAGAGCAGCAGACACAGUGUGAGGCAUAUGCGAGUAAUUUUAGUUCUGAGAUAGAGACUACACAGAGUCACACACUACAGUAGCAGUAUUGUACAAAUAGAUAUAAGGAUCGAGAUAUGAACGAGAUGAGCUCAAGUGGAGGAGGAGAUCUAUUAAUGGCUCCGGCUAAAUCUUCUUCUUCACCUCCUACCCCUGCUGCCAGUUCUGCAGGAGCUUCAUCUCCUGUCAUUCCUGUAAAUGCUGGCAGUACCGACUGGUUAGGCCAUGGACAGGGUUCCAAAGCAGAUUCAGUAUCACAUGUUGGUUCACAGCCUGUGCGGGCUUCGUUGAGUACGACUGCCGGUGGUUCAGCCAUUGGAUAUUCACUGUCAUCAUGCAGACCAUGGGAGAGAAAUGACUUACUAAAACGGCUCGCAACAUUUAAGCCUUCAAGCUGGUCUUCAAAGCCCAAGGCUUCCAGUAAUUUGGCAUGUGCCAGAAGAGGCUGGGUUAAUGGGGAUGUUGAUAAUAUCGAGUGCGAGUCUUGCGGUGCAAACUUGAAACUUUUUACAGCUGCUUCUGGGAAGUCAAUAGAAGCUGAAAGUUCUGGGGAAGAGUUUGCUCGGUUGCUUGAUGAAGGACACAAAACCGAUUGCCCCUGGAAAGGAAACGUAUGUGCUGAGAGCUUGGUGCAGUUCCCUGCUACUCCGUCAGCGCUGAUUGGUGGUUAUAAGGAUCGCUGCGAAGGGCUUCUACAGUUUCCUUCCCUCCCUAUCGUAGCUACAUCUGCAAUCGAACAAAUGCGAAUUUCAGGCGGUCUGCAAAUAGACCACUUUCUGGUUCACCUACAGGCUUUUACAGUUGAGGAAUCUGCCUUUAAAGCUGACAUUAUGCCACAUGAGGAGAAAACGAGAGAGGAGUUUGUCUGUAACUAUGCUCGUGCCCAAAAGCUGAUUAGCUUAUGUGGAUGGGAGCCAAGGUGGCUUCCAGUUGUUCAAGAUUUUGAAGAGCAUUCUGCUCAAUCUGCUAAGAAUGGACACUCAUUUGGUCCUAAAGAAUCUCACCGUCUUCGUGGCCGCAAGCCUAGCAAGACAGCAUUGUCUGCUUCAACUAACAUUAGCUCUAGAAAGCAUGAAGUGAUGGGUCCCAAGUCGACAUGUGAAUCCAGGUCUCCACUGCUAGAUUGUAGCUUAUGUGGAGCAACAGUUAGGGUCUUAGAUUUUCUAAAUGUUGCUCGUCCCGCAUCCAUAGCUCCCAGUAGUGCUGAUAUUCCUGAAACAAGUAAGAAAAUAGCAUUGACACGUGGAGUAAGUGCAGCAAGUGGAAUUAGUGGAUGGGCUGCUACAAAUGGUAUAGAAAAAGAGCAGACCGAAGACCAUGACUGCGCCGCGAUUACAGAUGAGGGUAAACUGUUGUCCAGUGCUGUUGUGGAUCUUAAAAUGGUUGAUCUGUUAUCCUCUGCAGAACUGCAGACAGCUGGAAUAUCUGAACACCAUGAUGAUGUAGCUAUUGGCAGAGAUCUGAUUAUGAGGAAGCCUUCUAACAGUGAAGUUGGUGAUCAUGCACAAUCAUAUGAGUCACGUGGUCCUACUCACGACUCUCACAAACGGAACUUAGAAGGUGGAAGCACAGUUGAUGGGCCACAUGUAAUGACGAGACAAGUGGACCGUAUUGCAGGUACUGUUAUUGACCGUGAUGGUCAGGAGGGAAAGAUUGAUGAUCAGUUCUCCGGCGGCCCUUCCAAACGUGCUCGUGAUUCUUAUGCUUUCGAAACCCAUCACCCGUCAUAUAAGCGGGAUUCAUCGGUCAAUGGUCCUAGCCAGUCAGUGGCUUUUGAGAUCGGUAGAGAUCAUAGCAGAGAAUAUCCUUCUCGCUCGAGGAAUGAUCAACAUAUUGGUGUCCCAUCCACUAUAGAUUCAACACGUGCUUCCUCUGUUAUUGCAAUGGAUACAGGCUAUCAUAGUGCGGACAAUGAUUCUAUGGAAAGUGUUGACAAUCGUCCUGGAGAUAUGGAUGAUGUCCACUUUCCCUCCAUGCCUUUGUUUAGGAAUCCAGAAAUAAAUGAGGCCUCAGAACUGAACUACAGUAAUCAAGCACAGCAGAGUGUUUCUCCUGCUCCAGUGAGGUAUGAUGGUGAAAUAGGUAUUAGCAGCACCAACGAAGGGGAAGAAGUAAUGAAGACAGACAUUAUGGCUGCUAGUGCAAGAGAUAGGCCUUGCUUUGAAAUGAGCGGUGGAAAUCUUGGUAUGAGGGCUAGUCUUGAAAAUGAAAUUCAUUGUAAUGAUCUAUCUAUCCAUAAAGUUGAUAGUGUUGUUGGUGAUAUAGAACCUGGUGCUGAAGUAAAUGAAAAUCAGGGUCAAACCAGCGACUACGCCACAGAUCCAGGCUUGAUGGGUGAUUUUGUGCCUCAAGAAAUGGUUGUAGAAUAUCCUCAAGGUGGUAGCCAAGGUCUAGUGGCGCAGUCUGUAGAAAGGGCUGGCAGUGGCUUGAAAAUUAUUGGGUCUGCCAGAGCAGAAUCUAUUGAGAGUGGUGAAAAGACCAAUGACAUGCAUCUCCUGCCUAAUGAGCACAGUAACCAUCCUUCUCUCUCUUGCAAUGCAAAUAUAUUUUCUACCUGUGAAGCCUCAAAAGAAGAAGUUACUCAGGUUGUCAAGCAAUUACCCUCUGACGAAUGUGGAUACCCUAGGCCAGAGUACAUUGCUGCAAAUAACACUGGGCCUCCAAACUUUGAAAGCAACUAUGAAGAAGCUGUGGAAUUUGAUCCAAUCAAGCACCACAGUUAUUUCUGCCCUUGGGUGAACGAGAAUGUAGCUGGAGCUGGUUGCGGGAGUGGCUCCACUGGUGUGAGUGCUAUACCUCUAUGUGGUUGGAAGCUAACAUUAGAUGCGCUAGAUGAAUUUCAGUCACUCGGACAUGUUCCUAAUCAAAUCCGAGAGUCUGAAUCAGCUGCAUCUCUUUUUAAGAAUUAGUUGGGCUAUGCCUGCCGUCGUUUGCGGUUGUAAGCAGUGCUAUCUGUCUACUUGAGAUGUGCAAGUUGUUACCAUUAAAGUGUUGCUUUGUGUACAAACCGGGAUUCUGCUGGCUUGUGGAUCGAGACUUGAAGAAUUGAUAGAUAUCCUAUUUCAACAACAUUGUUGUUUCUUGUGGUUAAAAGAUUUGGAUUUUGGACAUAUUUAGUCAGCGCAAAUAAUUAUAUGUUGUCUAAAAUUUGUAAACACCGAGACGAGAAUGAAAUAAUUUGAAUUUCAUUUUUCGCCAUUUGCUAUUGUUGCUGAUGGAUUCUUUGUGACAAUGUUUUAUAUUAUUAAAUGAGAACGAAAAUAUAAGAAUCUUUGCUGGUCGA